AUGUAUUGCCAGAAGUGCCGCACUCCUCUUAAGUUGGACGGCUCAAUAGAGUCGCUGAAUCCAGCAGCUUUCGAGUUACUGUCUAACUCUACGGGGAAGACACUAUCCGAUGGAGCCACCUCGUCGCCCUCGCCUGGGCGCGACCACUACGAUCGAGCUUCCAAACAUGCUACACCACCGGUAUAUCGUCGCUCGAUACCAGCCCCGCGAGGCAGUCAACCAAAAAUGGGCCGAGCCGAUAGCGGGAACAUGUCAUUCGUGAUGUUGACCGAAUCCCAAGUUGCGCCACCGGCCAACGAACAUCUCUCAGCCCGAACCAAGCAGAAUCAUACACCGGUCCAAAAGCGAACUCAGGAAGACGGGUCACUCCUGGAUCAGGUGGAGAAAACGACCCGGUUGUUCGAGAUUGUCUCAGCACGAUCUGAUAUCGACCAUCCGAUAUGCGUGGAAUGCACGGAGCUACUAGUGGAAGGAUUGCAGAAACGCCUAACGGGGUCGACAAAGGAGCGAGAUGCCUACAUCUCGUUCCUCCGGAACCUGAAUGGGUCGGUCCCGACCGCAGAAGAGCUGCAGGUGGCAGAGAAAUCGCUUAAUGAAAGUCUCGAGGCCGAGCGGGUCGCUCUGGCGGAGCUGCAGGCAUUAGAAAAGGAAAAGGCCGCUCUAGAUGGGGAAAUCGCAGCCUUGGAGAUUGACUCGCUCCAGCUGGAUGCCGACGAGGAGAGCUUCUGGCGGUCGCGCAACGCCUUUUCCUUAACGCUCAACGAGUUUCAAAAUGAGCGCGACGCGCUCAAUAUGCGAUACGAUCAUGACUCUCAACAACUGGAAAGGCUCCAGCGCACAAAUGUUUAUAAUGACGCGUUUUGCAUUGGACAUGACGGGUACUUUGGCACUAUCAACGGAUUACGGCUAGGCCGACUUGCUAACCCCUCUGUCGACUGGCCCGAGAUCAAUGCGGCGUGGGGACAGACGGCUCUCCUCCUGGCGACAAUGGCUGAAAAACUCGGAUACCAGUUCCAGGGGUACAGGCUCCGGGCUUUAGGGUCCAACUCACGGAUCGACAAGAUUGAGUAUCCAGUGCAGCCAUCCGGCCAGCCCAUCGAAGGAGCGGCGCCCAAAGCAACCCAACUAGACCUGUUCUCAUCGGGCGAUCUGCCGCUCAACAUUCCAUGGCUCCACCGUCGCUUUGACGCAGGCAUGGUGGCGUUUCUUGACUGCCUGCGGCAACUGGGAAAGUUCGUCGAGAACACCCCUGCGCCCGUUGCAUCGCCACGUCGGGGCCAGGGCGCCACAACCCCGGGGCUAAAAUUACCUUACGAGAUCAAGAGAGACCGAAUUGGUGAUGCGAGCAUCAAACUGGGCUUCAAUCAAAAUGAUGAAACGUGGACUCGGGCCUGCAAGUACACACUGACUUGCUGUAAGUUCCUCCUUGCGCACGCUAGCAAUCUAGCUAGUACGGGGUCUAGAAAUUCAGCUGCUGUCGCGGCUGCGGCCGUUGCAGCCGCCGAACAAGCCCGACAGACGACAGGGAAGAAUCGCCCGUGA